AACAAUAAAACAAAGCGACAAUCGAGAACUAAGACUUUGGCACUUAAGUGACUGACUAUAUAAAGAUUGUUUCAGCCCGGGUAUUCAGCAGAUUGUCGUGAACAUUGAAAGCAAGAAUAUAAGCACUGAACUUACAUUAGCCAAACUAAGAAAUUUAGUUUAGUACAGCAAUAUAUUUAAAGUUAAAAACAAUAAAGUUAUCGAAAAUGUCUGCGAAAAACGUAAAUUCACUUGUCGGUGCCACCACACGCUACAUCGCCGGCCGAAAUGCAAUGCAGACAGUUUAUUGGCGUUUACUGCCCGGAACUGAUGGACGCAUGGUGAAAAUACAUAAAAAUUGCGAAUUCGACAAAGUACAGAACCUGCCCGUCAAAAUUCGCAUGCAGUAUUACAAUAAAAACUUUUGGACAUCAACGGAUGGAGCACAUUGAUCUCGGCCGAACAAAUCGAAUUUUUAGACUAUCGAAUUUAGUAUAAGAUGUGCAUUUGUGUUCUUCUAUUAGUUAUUAAUAUCGCAACUCAAUUAGUUAAUUAGUAAAUUAUUAACACUGAAAUA